GGCGUAUUUGUGACACUCUUGGCUUGCCAUACUUAAUAACACCUCUGAACAUAUUUCGCGGACGUUAGCUUGGUGACGUCACAGGCUGAUAGGUUGGUGACGUCACAGGCUGGUAGGUAAGUGCAAAACUCUUAUUUCGUUUGUGUGUCCUCUUUAUCAUAUAUUAUGUAAAAGCUAGCGAGAAAUAAAUACUUCUAAAAUCUAAAACGCAGUUUUUGGAACCUAAUAACACCUGUGAACUUAUUUCGCUGACGUUAGCUUGGUGACAUCACAGGCUGGUAGGUAAGUGCUAAACUCUUAUUUCGUUUGUGUGUACUCUUUAUCAUAUAUUAUGUAAAAGCUAACGAGAAAUAAAUACUUCUAAAAUCUAAAAUGCAGUUUUUGGAACCUAAUAACACCUGUGAACUUAUUUUGCCGACGUUAGCUUGGUGAAGUCACAGGCUGGUAUGUAAGUGCUAAACUCUUAUUUCGUUUGUGUGUCCUCUUUAUCAUAUAUUAUGUAGAAGCUAGCGAGAAAUAAAUACUUCUAAAAUCUAAAAUGCAGUUGUUGGAACCUAAUAACACCUGUGAACUUAUUUCGCUGACAUUAGCUUGGUGACAUCACAGGCUGGUAGGUAAGUGCUAAACUCUUAUUUAAUUUGUGUGUCCUCUUUAUCAUAUAUUAUGUAAAAGCUGGCGAGAAAUAAACACUUCUAAAACCGAAAACGCCGUUUUUGGAAUCUAAUAACACCUGUGAACUUAAGAGAUAUAUAGUGAGAAAUAAACACUUUUGGGAAAUAUUCACGUAGCCCCACCUGGUGGCAAAGUGUUGCAGCUAAUGAAUGCCUCCUGCAUAAUAGCAAGUACUUUAAUAGAUCUUUGUAUUGAUAAAAUAUGGCACACAAGUCUUUCUUGUUAAUAACUUUAAAUGCACAGAGGGUGACCCACAAAUAAUCCUUGAUUUGCACAACAUGAACAAAUGAUUUGAUUUGAACAUGUAUAAAUUGUACAUAAGACAAUAGGAUCUUAAGUAAUUAAACAACUGCAAAUUAUAAAGAACACAAUGUUCAUACGGCCGAGGGUAUUUUAGCGUUGUGUUAUAUUUUUUCUUCUGCUUUGUUGCUCCAGGUGAAGAUGCAGCAGCUGCAACAAGACCAAGAAAGCAAGAAGCAUAAAACAGAGCUGGAACUCAUGGAGAAGACAUUCAGUGAACGCAUCAAGCUGCUCGAACAAUCUGCAGCUCAGAAGGAGAACGAGUCUCAGCGAGAAUGUGCCGAGUUGAAGAAAGACCUGGACACAUUUAAACAGGCGGCUGAGCAGGAGCGCUCAGAGCUGCAGGCUCAGUACGAGCAGAAACUCACCCAGGCCCUGAAAGACAGAGACCAGGAGGCAGAGAGUCUCAGAGAACUGCAAAGGUCUGUUGCAGCCAGCAUUGACCAGAUGGGGCAGUUCUCCUCUCGGGUGGGAGAACUUUCCUCUCAUGUGGAGAUCCUUCAGCAAAAUGUCGCUCAAGACCUGCAGCAGAGGCCACAGUGGAGAGACGAAGACUCCCUAAAUAUGCAAAAUCAAAUGAAGGAAAUGAUGGAGAAGAUUGAAACUUGGUUCACUGAGUUGAAGAAACAACGUGAGGAGGAAUGGAGUAAGUUUGCAGCAGACCAGGCCAAAGUGGAGUCUACACGGAAAGCCCUGGAAGAAGAGCAUCUGCAGAACAUCGCAGAGAACAAGCAGCUGCAAAAAGAAAUGAUGGGGUUACUGAAGGAGCAGAUGUCAGUAAUGACAUGCUGUGCAGAGGAGAGGAGUGGUCUGGCUGCCGAGUGGAACCAGGUCUACGCCAAGGACAAGGAGAGGCUUGAGAUGGUUCUAAAGGAGGUGCAGAAACAGGCCGACCUGAAACUUCAAGCUGCAGAGCUGAAGGUUAAAGAGGAGUCUCUUACAAAAGAGAGGGCGACUCUGUCAACAUUAAGGGACGAGCUGGACAGAGAGAAGGAGCGAAUGGCUGUCGAAAAAUACAAGGAGGCGAAACGUGUGGAAGCUGAGCACACAACCAGACUGCAAGAAAUACAUAUGCAAAGUCAGAAGCUGCAGAAGCAACAGCAACAAAUUUAUCAGGACCAGAUCAGAAUGAGUAAGAUUCAGACAGAGAAAGAGAGACUAAUUCAGAGACCUCCAACUGCAUCCAUCUCAAAAACCAAAGAUUUACCAAUUGCAGAGACCGAUUCAGGAGUGCCCUUACUGCUUGAGGUUAAGAGGAUAGAAAUGAAGACGAAACUGGCCAUCCAGGAGUUCCGCGAACUUAAGGCUAAGGGGCCCUGCCUCCAACCCACCAGAUAGAGCUCAAGUGAUGGAGAUCCAGUACCAUCAAGUGACAGUGACAUGAAGACACCAUUUCCAUUGUUGCUUAACACCACCAACUUCAAACGUGAUAAUAAACUGGACUUUGACAUUUCAAUACAACUUACAGUGUUUACAUUAACUUUUGAGACAGAUUUAAACACUAACCACGAAAAGUGAUUCACGUUGAGAUUUUCUGACUUAACCAAGCUGUUAUAUCAUUAUAAACACCAGUAUUUGUUUUGUAUUCAGUUACAUUUAUAAAUAUAAACGCAACACUUUUGGUUUUGCUCCCAUUUUGUAUGAGAUGAACUCAAAGAUCUAAAACUUUUUCCACAUACACAAUAUCACCAUUUCUCUCAAGUAUUGUUCACA